GGAGCCGUAGGUAGAGGGGAGGCUGCGCUGCCGGCCGGGGUGUGUAGCCCGCCCGGCUCUUGGGACGCUGAGCGCGCCUUCGGCCUUCGGCAGGGAGGCCGCGGGCGCUCCCGAGAUGGGGCAGGAAGCCCGCGCGUCUGGGGAUCCGUAGCUCCCGGCCCGAUCCCGCCGGUUCCCGCAGCUUUGGGGCCCGCGGGAAGGACGUACGUACCUGUCGGACCUUCAGUGGGGCGGGCGGGGGUCAAGACUAUGAGGAGGUCUCCGAGCCGCGGUGCCCCAAUCUAUCCUGGACCCGGGGUCUCGCUCGCUGAAAGCGACUCGGAAUCCACUAGCGUCUUUCACUUCCAGUGCAAGAAAUGUAACUGCGUUGAGCGUGUAUAGCCGGCUGGUGUCGUAAAGCGGGAUAAUCUUACCGUUAACCCUUCAUUUAAGUUCAGACGUCUGUGGGGUCGCUCUUGAACGCAACGAUUUAGAGAGAGCAAGGAAGACCAAGAAAGAAACAACAAUAUAAUGCCCUGCCCAACGCAGCGGCUUGCAGCUGCAGUCUACACGGGCCCCGGCAGUUUAGAAAGCGCUACUUUCUCCGCAGUCCUGGGCUGUCACCUCUACUUUGCUCACUCUUCGCUCAGCUGCGAAUUCGUCGAGCGGCUACAGCACGAACUCAGAGCGAUAUCUCACUUCCCAGAAGAGCCAUGUAAAAGGAAUGAGACAAAGGCUUCUUUCCUCGAGUGUUAAUUAUUUUGAACUCGUAAAAUGACCUUAAGAAAGCAAUUGUAGCUACUUAAGAGGUAAUAAUACUUUUUCUGGCUAGAAGCAUCACGCAGAAUUCUUUUGCUCCACAGCUUUGAGGGAGCAGGGAGCUGGGCUCGGACGAGAUGGCCCUGGUGCCCUAUGAGGAGACCGCAGGAAUGGGGCUGCAGAGAUUCCACAAGCCUCUUGCCACCUUCUCCUUUGCAAACCACAGGAUCCAGAUCCAGCAGGACUGGAAGCAGCUGGGAGUCGCUGCCGUGGUUUGGGACGCGGCUGUCGUUCUUUCCACGUAUCUGGAGAUGGGAGCUGUGGAGCUCAGGGGCUGUUCUGCCGUGGAGCUGGGUGCUGGCACAGGGCUGGUGGGCAUAGUGGCUGCCCUGCUGGAUUUUUCAUCCUUGGACUCCACGUUAUCCCUGAAGAGGAUGAGCUCCCGAGUGAAGUCUGAGGGUGCAGAGGGGGCCACUUCUGCUUGUCGAACUCAGAAGCUUUGGCUAGCUUGUCACAUGGGGACUCUACAUUUUAUAGGCAUGAUUUCAGCAAAUCAGAAGUUCACUUUUACCUGGAGGCAGUGCAGGAGGAGCAGCUGGCCAUUGUUCUGAGGUGCUCAUGUGACUAUCACGGAUCGAAAAGUAGCAUUAGAGUUUCUUAAGUCAAACGUGCAAGCCAACUUACCGCCCCAUAUCCAACCCAAAGCUGUUGUUAAGGAGCUGACUUGGGGACAGAAUUUGGGGAGUUUUUCACCUGGAGAAUUUGACCUGAUACUUGGAGCUGAUAUCAUAUAUUUAGAAGAAACAUUUACAGAUCUUCUUCGAACAUUGGAACAUCUCUGUAGCAACCACUCUGUGAUUCUUUUAGCUUGCCGAAUUCGCUAUGAACGGGAUCACAACUUCUUAGCGAUGCUGGAGAGGCAAUUUACUGUGAGUAAGGUUCACUAUGAUCCUGAAAAAGAUGUUCAUAUUUACAAAGCACAGAAGAGAAACCUGAGGGAGGACUUAUAGUUGGCUAUGAUUUAUGUUGUCAAUUAAGGUCUCAGACUGGGAAUAUAAACACAUGUAAUGAAAUGGCUUACUGUAGAAAAAAGGCAAAGCAAAAUGUGCAGUGUUUUGUCCCAUAUUUGUGACUUUUUAGUUAUAUUUUGAUAACUCUGAAAUUCAAGUGCCAUUAAAGGAAAGUUCGAGAUUUUGGUUUAUGUUGUUUCUGUAUACUGUUCCCUCUUGAUAAACAAUGUUCAGUGAUGCUAUGAUGAAGGGUUAGCAUAAAGGCAUCUUCAAAGCAGUGAGCAUGUUUUGGUAAGGCUAGAUCAUGCAAAUCAUUUAAAACACAUUGUAAGACAUAGCUCUAGCCCAGUUCUCUAAUUGAGUAGAGAACAAGAGGUUUAACGUACAUUCCCUGGAGUUCCCGUCAUGGCUCAGCCGUAAUGAGCCCAACUAGUAUCCAUGAGGAUGUGGGUUCAAUCCCUGGCUUUGUUCAGUGGGUUAAGGAUCUGGCAUUGCUGUAAGCUGUGAUGUAGGUCACAGAUGUGGCUUGGAUCCUGCAUGGCUGUGGUGUAGGACCAACCACAACUGCAGUUCUGAUUGGACUCCUAGCCUGGGAACUUCCGUAUGCCACAUGUUCAGCCCUAAAAGCCAAAAAAGAAAAAGAAAAAGAAAAAGAACAAAAAGAAAAAAUUUACAUUCCCUGAGCUGUUAAGCUUUUAAAAUCUUUUGCUACAUUUAGGUCUUAAAUGCUUUAGGUUGUUUGAGAUUAGGAUCUCUUAUGAUGAGGUCUCAUAUGCUUUUUGGCUUAAUUUCAGAUUUAGCUAUAUAAACCAAGGAAUAAAUAAAAUUUUAGUUACUUUUUCAUAGCAGCACAAAUCUUGGACCUCUGUGUGCUGAAAAUAGGUAUUCUUCUUGAAAUCAAAAGCUGUAGUUUCUCCCUUCAGCUCUACCCUUUCUCAAUUUUUUUUUAAAAUUUAUUUCCUAGGCUGUCCCUGCCUCCUUAUAAUGCAUAGGAUGACAGUGAAAAAGGUUCUAAAUCUCAUCCCUCCAUAGGAGGUUAGCUCCCCAAGUAUAAGCUCCUUCCACAUUGUAAUUGCUUUUUCAAUGUCUAUGUUCCCCAGAACACUGUAAGCUUCUUGAGGUCCAGGAGUGCUUCUGCCUCUUUCAUUGUAGCCUUCCCAGUGUCCAGUAUAUCAUAACCAAAUAUUUGUUGUGAAAAAGAUACAUUACAUUUAGAAGGUAUUGGUCUUUGGGUUAAUUGAUUGUGACAUUGUUUUAUGAUCAUCUUUGAUAGACUUUAUGAAGUCACAUACAUACCCCUACCCCCCUUUUUGUUUUGUUUUGUUUUUUUAGGGCUGCACCUGUGGCAUAGGGAGGUUCCCAGACUAGGGGUUGAUCGGAGCUACAGCUGUUGGCUUACACCACAGCCACAGCAACAUCAGAUCCGAGCCUCGUCUGCGACCUACACCACAGCUCAUGGCAACGCCGGAUCUUUAACCCACUGAGCGAGGCCAGGGAUCGAACGUGCAUCCUCAUGGUUCCUAGUUGGAUUCAUUUCUGUUGCACCAUCAUGGGAACUCCCCCUACCCCACCCCACCUUUUUUUUUAAACAAGUCAAAAACAAUAGCUUAAACAGAUUAAGAUCACAAGAAUAUUAUAAUCUGAAUAUGGUAUUUGGUACUAGAGAUAAAUUUCCUUUGUAAAACUUUAGAACAUCUUCCUUCCUCUUAACCUUUUAAUGAAUAUCUUGGAUGUGGAAACAUGCAGUACAUUGUUUUCUACUCAUAUUUUAAAUAGAGGUUUUACUUUAAUAAAGAUGAAUGAAAAUU